AUAAUAGCAAUUUAGUAGUCUUGGUCCGUGAAUCUCUCUCUCGAGACGUUCCCUGAGAUGCGGCUGUCGUCGCGGUACCGGGUCGGUUUUUUUCUUUCGUUUUUUUUUAAUUUAGUCACGCUGGUUUUCUAAUUUAAAUUCACUUAGUUUAUUAUUAACUUAAUUAAAUAUGAAUUCAUUAUAACAAGUGAUUGUUUCUUAAUAGUGAUAGUGAUGGAACAAAAGUGCGGAUAUUUAGCAUCUUAUGCAUAAGGGAGUAACUAAAGUUGAUACUGCUGCGUUUAACUUGCUUUGCUUGAGAUCAUAAAAAGUCUAAGAAUGAUGACCUCAUGCAUUUCAAAACUCAUUAUAACACUUACGCUUGCACUUUGCAUAUCUGCCCUGGCAAAACCUGAUACAGCAACAGUGGGACCAUGCCCAGGAGCUUCGGAAAAGGGUCCAUGCAACAGGAAUAUAUUUAAAUGGGCCUUUGAUCACGAGAAAAAGGAGUGCAUUACUUUUAUAUGGGGAGGAUGCGGAGGCAACGAUAAAAACCGCUUUGAAAGUGAAAAACAGUGUAUAGAAAAAUGUUUUGCUUCUUUAGAUAAAAAUGAAACUAAUUUCUUUAACUCAUCUGUGAUACCCAACGAAAAAAGGGGACCAAAACUCACGUUUCAAGAAACGGGAACUGAAAAUACGUUUAUGUUUGCGCAGUCAAACACUUUCAUACAGAUCGAUGGAGAUAUUAUACAGACAUUUCAACUGAGGCUGUGCCGUCAAAUUUCGUUCCAAUUUCGCACAAGACUACCCCACGGGCUUCUUGUGUAUCAUAACGUAAAAGUACCAAAAGGAGUUCAACUACAGCCAUACGCUUUGUAUAUAAUAGUGCAACAGGGGCAACUUAAGGUAGUGCACGUCUAUGGAAAACAUUCCACGGCACUAACUGUCGGAAGAGGCUUGAAUAACGAUCAGUGGCAUACGGUUACUGUUAGAAUAGAUGUUCAUGCAGCUAAGUUGCUUGCAAUAGUAAAUGACCUAAGAGGAGAAACUGAUCUGAAGGGACUAGAUACUGAAAAUAAUUAUGGUGUAACUGCUAACGUGACUUCGGUUAUUCUAAUUGGAGGAUUAAGUUCGGAAGAACGUCUUCAUGGAGUCAAGUAUAUAAUAGAAUCAUUUGUGGGAUGUAUAAAAAACGUGGUGCUUAGUACGGGAAAAUCGGCUUCAGAUUUGCUUCAAAUUUCACCGCUAAUAGCUACUAAAUAUGAAAAUGUUCAAGAAGGUUGUAAAAAUAAGUGUAUGACGUCAGAAAAUCUUUGCUUCCGUGGUUCCCGAUGUGUUAACCAUUAUUAUACGAGAACUUGUGACUGUUUUGGAACUAAAUAUGAAGGAGAGUUUUGCGAUAUUUAUACUGCUACUAUUCUAACACUCAGAGGUUCUUCAUACGUAUCAUACAGGGUGUAUGACUGGAAAGACAGAAUACAUUCUUCAGUGACUAGAUUUUCAAUGAUGUUUAAAACUAGAUUCGAUGAUUCCGCUUUACUUUAUGCUGCAGGAGGUGAACACGGGAUAGAUCACUUUAUAGCAGCCUCCAUAUUUAAUAAAUCCGUCUAUGUAGUGAUGGAUUUUGGCGAAAAUAAUCCUGUUACUAUAGUUCUUGGGAAACAACCUGAUUUUAAGUUACACGAAUGGAAUAAUUUGACAAUUUUUCAUGAGCACGAAAAGAUUCAUUUGAUUUUAAAUGAUGAGAUAAGAACCUUAAAUAUUACUGGAAAACCUUUGUUGUAUAUUGAUCCAGAAAUUUAUAUAGGGGGCGGACCUGAACUUCAAAAAAAAACUGGGUUGAAAUCUACUAACAAUUUUGUGGGAUCAGUAAAAUAUGUAUUUUACAAUGAUAUUUCGAUUAUUUACGAAUUAAAUAAGAACAAUCCGAAAGUGCAUUACAUAGGAAUCUUAAGGCCGGAAUUUUAUGAAAGCGAUGUUCAGAUUAUCCCUAUAACAUUUCCAUUUGCUGCAAGUCAUAUAUGGUGGCACAAUGAUCAUGUUGACACUCUGAGCUUAAGUCUUCAUUUUAAGGCAAGCAGUAACCUAAGCGUCAUAGCUUCUAGCGAGGCUCAAACUGGUAUCUACUGGGAGGUUCGUGUGGUUAACGACGAAGUACGUUUCGAACUGUUGGAUAGUAUUAGAAAUAGUACGACAUUAAUUAGCGUAAAAAAAACUCCUGGUACGUGGCAUUUCCUGAACGUUUCCUAUCAAAAUGAUGAAAUUAGCGUUAAUAUUGACAAGAAAGGUAAAACAGAGAAAGUUGGAGAUUUAAAAUUUGCCAUUGGGGAUAAAAUUAAAAUUGCCGCUGGAUCUAGGAGUAAUGCCGGGCUUGUUGGAUGCAUGAGAGAUAUAGAAGUUAAUGGAGUGCGACUUGAACCACGGGGUGUCCUACAGACAGAACGAGUAGUCGGAGAAGUUACUUUGGACGAUUGCAGAUUUGUAGAUGCUUGUCAAAGGCCAAAUACGUGUGAACAUGGAGGAAAAUGCUCAGUGAAAGAAAACCGAUUGACUUGUGAUUGCACUAACACCGGCUAUAUAGGAACUAAUUGUCAUUUUGCUUUGUACAGAAAGACCUGUGAAGAGUUAGCGCUAUUAGGAUAUACAAAACCAGAUGUGUAUCUGAUAGAUAUUGAUGGAAAUGGAAGAUUUCCACCUGCUCACGUGAGAUGUGAAUUCCAAAGUAUCGAGGAGUCAACCAAAACUAUUGUGGAACACAACUUACCUAGCCAGAUGGAUGUACGAUCUCCAUCCGAACAAGAUUUUAGUUUUAGCAUAAAAUAUAGAGAAUUUAACGCAGACAUGUUACAAGAACUGGUUUCUCAUUCUCUCAACUGCAGUCAGUAUAUAAAAUACGAUUGUUUUAAAGCGCCACUAGAAUUACAUUCCACUACCUGGUUUAUAUCAUCUGCCAAUCAGACUGUCGACUAUAUUGGUGAUGUCAAAAGAGGAACUUGUCCCUGUUCAAUUGGCCGAAAAUGCGAAAAUCCGACCCAAUGGUGCAACUGUGAUGAUGUCACCGAUGAUAAAUGGAAUAGUGAUGAGGGGUAUUAUACCACAGGUGAUAGCUUAGGAAUUACAGAAAUGUAUUUCUUACAACAACCCAAUUUGCCAGAAGAUGCACUUGGAAGAAUUACACUGGGACCACUUGAGUGUGUGGAAACGAAUACGCAAAGGUUUGUGGUGACAUUUACAACAAGUCAGUCUUACAUUGAAGUUCCAGGAUGGCGAAAGGGAGAUCUAGCAUUUUCUUUUAGAACAACUGGAAAAAAGGCGAUAUUGCUUUAUCAACCGCCAAUAAGACCCAACUAUCCCAGUUUUAUGAUAGCAUUAACUAGCGACUUUCAGCUUACUUUCAAUUUUACUCUUAAUACUGGAGUGUCGAAGGAACUUGUAAUUGAUUCGGGACGACGUCUUAACGGAGGAGAAUGGCAUAAAUUAUGGAUCGAUUACAAUAAGUAUCACGUGAGAUUUAUGAUAAAUCUGGACUAUCAAAUGGUCGAUCUUAAACCAGAGGAGGAGUUCGGGCCUUUUGAAGGAUCUAUGUUUAUUGGAGGUGCACCAUCUGACCUUCUGGAUCCAAGAUCGUCCGUACACCAGGGUCUUAUUGGGUGCUUCAGAGGUUUGGUUGUAAAUGAGGAAAUAUUAGAUAUAUACAGCUAUAUGAGUGUCCAUCUUAGUGAGAUUAUUAAAGAUUGUAAGCCCUCUUGUGUACCAAAUCCCUGUAAAAAUGGUGCUCAGUGUAAAGAACUCUGGAGUACAUUUGAGUGUAUUUGCCCCAACCCUUGGGCCUACAAAGGACAGCAUUGUGAAACUAAUAUCAAUACAAAUGCAGUUACAUUUACCCUUAGUGAAUCUUACAUUCACGAAAGCUACUUUAUGAAUGAAACCGAAGAAGAAAAAACGAUUUUAAGUGACAUUUUUAAAAAACGCAUCCUAAUUAAUUUACGAACUUACGAUAAUAAUUCGUUAAUCUUAUAUGCUAAUGACCAUUUGAAUAAUUUUGUUCAUUUGCAUAUUAUUGAUGGUACACAAGUAGAAUAUCUAUUUAAUCGAGAAAAUACAAUAUACAAUAUAACAGUCCCUUAUAAAUAUCUAAAUAGUAGCAAAUCUGUCCAAAUAGCUAUAGUAAGGGAAGAAAAUGCUACAACAGUGUUUGUGAACGAUCAGAAUAGUUCGCUGCCUAUUGGAGUUAAACUGCUGACAACGUAUUCCAAUAAACCUUGGAUAAAUCCUGAUAAAGAGGUAUUAGCUCCUCAGAGGCCACCUGCACCACCCACUGAAUAUUUUCAGCUUAACAUUGGGGGCUAUGAUCCAGAAACUCUCCUAAGGGUAUCCGAUGAACUUACAGUAUUACCAGGAUACGUUGGCUGCUUUAGAGGUCUACAGAUUGAUGAAACAGUUAUCGACUUACCUUCAAAGAUAAAUAAUACUAAAGGUGUAAUACCUCAUUGUAAUAUGAAAUGUGAUGAGGAACCUUGUAAAAAUGGAGGAAUUUGUAUUGAAGAUUUUAAAAAUCAAGAGCAUACUUGCGAUUGUGAACAUACCAGUUAUUAUGGUGAAUUUUGUAAUGAUGAAAAAGGAGCUGAUUUUAAUGGAGAAGCUAUAAUAAAUCGAAUGUUCGUGCUAAAUGGCUCGGUGGAUCACGUUAAAAUUCAGAUAGCUUUUUCCAGUUUAGAUGUGAGGCAAAAAAAUACAGUUUUACUGUUGCUGCAAACUGAAAAUAAUCGUAGCUAUUAUCUCCUAGUAGGCCUUAGUCUUGAAGGAUACCUAAUAGUCCAAGAAGACCGCGAAGGUGAAGUGUUUUCCGCUACGGUAAACAAGAAAAGCUUUAUUAAUGGAGCAAGACACUCUGUAUACUACAGAAGAGAAUUUAAUGAAUCCGCACUAUUUAUAGAUAAAGAGUUGACUCCUAUGGAGCAAAUCCCUGCACAAACGUUUACUAAUAUUCCAGAACUGGGUGCCAACGAGGUUCAGGUGGGCGGACAAGAGACAAACGAUCCACGAUUUGCCAUUUAUAAGAAGUUUAGCGGAUGUUUGUCUAAUAUUUUUAUUGAAGUGAAUGAACACGUAAUGAAACCUUUGGAAGAAUAUAUGCUAUUUACGAAAACUGGAGCUGAAAAAGUGAACGUGUCAAACUCGCAUGGAGUGAGAAGCGCUCAAUGUAGUGCAGAUUUCGAUGUUGUACAUGAAAAAGCUCCUGGAACUCCCAAUUUAAACAUAAGUCAGGGUAAGGACAAAACCUGGGUCCAAGACGCUCCGCAACGAAUUCUUUACACAUCAUUUUAUGCAACUGACAAAGUUGAGGAAGAUAAUGUGGAACAACUUAUAAUAAUAGUGCUGGCAUCGUUUUUCGUUCUCGUACUUAUUUGUAUAAGCUACGAUGUCUAUCGCACCAAUAAAAGAUACAAAGAACGAAAAGAGUUUGAAACUGACGCAAAUAUUUUAAUGUCUAAACAACAGGCGGCCAUCAUGCUACAAGAAAAUAGUAAACCGACAGAAUCUGUAGAUUUGAAGGAAAAAAUACAAAGAAAUGGCGAACCACCGAACACUUCCGAAAAACAAAAUGGUAAUGGUAUUCCCAAUGGUACAAAAAAUGAGAUGACACCUAUAGUGGAGGAACUGCCUUUAAAGAGAGCAGACAGUAAAAGGGAAAAACCCCAAAAGAGGAUUAGUUUUAGAGAUAGUGCAAGCGAGUUAACCUGGGACACGCCAGACGAGACUUCUGAAAUUUUAAGUCCGACUAUUGAAGAGGAAGAAGAAGACGAGGAGCAGACAGAUGAAGAAACAGAUAUCUCAAAUGUUGUAAGUAAAGAUAACAACCUUAAUCGCAUGGCACCCAUGAGCUCUAUAAGUGAAGUUUCUUUGGCUGAUAGGAAAUCUUUGAUUCUAAAAGAGGAUGAACCGGAGCUCUUGGAACAACAGAAAGAGGAACAAUCAUCAUGUGUUGCUGAAACGUCUAAUGAAGAACACCAGCCACUCAUUCCGCCUCAGCUUCCGCCUUAUGAAAAAAGAUUAUCGUAUAGGGAUCCUAAUGAAGAACGGAGACCUAAGGAACUUAGUAUAUUUUUGCCUUCGAAAAUAAGGACCAACACUAGACCACUUAUAGUAGGAGAGCAUCAUAGAAAGUUUGAUAACCCCAUAAGUUAUUUGGGAGGGCCGAAACUGCCCAACAGGAAUCGAUCUAGUGUGGAAAGUGUAGUAUCUAUAGACUAGUGUUUACGGCUAACAUAUACAGGGUAUCUUACGACGAAUAGAUGCGAUCGAUAUCUCAGAAACUAAUUUUUCAAAAAUUUUGAAAAUUUGGCAACAUAUCACAGUCAAGGGGGGCCACACAACUAAAA